UAGGCGUUAAAUAUUACAGAUUUUCACUCUCCUGGGCGCGAAUCCUUCCUAACGGUACAGUAGAUAACGUGAACGCCAAAGGUAUAGAAUACUACAACAACUUGAUUGAUGAAUUGUUGAAAAAUGGAAUCAACCCAUGGUUACUUUGUACCACUGGGAUUUACCACAAGACUUGGACGAUAUUGGAGGGUGGCUAAACGUUACUAUCAGCGAUAUUUUCAGGUAUAAAAAUCAACCCAAUACCACUGUAAAUGUUUUUCGUCAAUUUCCGAUAUAACUUCAUAAUUCACAUGCAGCGAUUCUUCGGCGUUAUAAAAUAUUCUCAAUCUAAUUGUCAACUCAAAUUGCAAUCGGAUUAUCGAAACCCUGCCCAGAUAACAACGCACAAGUUGUUACUUGUUACCGAUCUGGCCUCUUACAUAUAUCGGCUUGACAAGAACAAGAUUGUUGUCAGACCGAUGAUCAGGAUGUUUCCUCGCUCAGUAUUUGUUCCAAGUUGUUGUGACAAUUAAGUCUAUAUAUUCUAGAACAAGUUAAUUGUUAUCACUUCGUCACAAUUUGUUUCGAGCCUGUUGGCAUCAUCAACCAUAGCUUGUUACAAAACGAUCGACUUGUUCCAGACUAGUCAACAACUCUGAGCAAGCAGUGCGAAUACAUCUUGUUUACAAGCUGCAUGUGAGGUUUGUAACGUAACGAGGCAAUUUAUGUCGCAACUUGCAACCCGUGCGAAAUUUCGGACAUACAGACAUAGAGCUAUGUAACAUAGCCUAUGUUAUCUGAAAUGUAGUUCGAGGAGACCCGCAUUCUAUACUCUGGGAAUGUUUUCUUCAAGUAUAAUAUCAAUAUUAACAUUAUAAGGGAUAACAAUGAUAGAAAUCCCAUGAAACAUGUCGGCAGUGUGCAUUGUGGGCUAUGCUCAGAAUUUCGGCCCUACGGCUACUUUCUACAAAACUUGCUGUGCGAUUGACGAAAAUCAUCUAAAAUAUUUUGUGAUAUUUUCUGUUGGUUAAUUUUCGGCGAAUGAAUUUUAGUUCGUUCCGAGUUUUAGUACAUCUUAUCCUAGUGGUUUCUUCGUCGAUCACAAAGUAAUUCAGUAUUUGUUAAGACGGCGAGUUUAACGAAACACGUUACAGAAAAAUGAAUGUUCCAAUUGGUAAUUUCUUAGUGAUUAUGCAAGAGUUUGCUUCAAGAAUUUUGGUGACCGAGUGAAAUUUUGGGCUACUUUGAACGAACCUUGGGUUUCUGCUAUCAUUGGUUAUGGCACUGGUAAACACGCUCCUGGUAUUAAACGGAUCAAAGCAGGACCUUACCUAGGUACUGAUGUUAUUUAUUAACAUAUAGCGAGGAGGGGUUGGGGGUUGGCACCUGAUGACUUCAAGGAUCAUAUUUGCCUCGCACCAUUGGCGCUUCGCAGAGCUCCUAGGCUCAUUUUUUCCUCCUUAAAGGAUUAGUGUCACACCAGGAAUUCGCGGGCUCAAAUUCCUGUUGGCGGCCAUUUUUCGGGACGAAUAGACUAGAUGAUGUGGAAAGUGUUUACAAUCCGUCAUAUAUUUAAACCAUCCUUUUAUAAUCCUUGCUCUUUUUGUCUGAUUCUUAUCAGAAAUGUACCAAUCAAGGUAUUUUUAUCGCUAUUUGUUGUAUUUGAGUAAAAUGUAAACAAUAACAAAAGCCCGCAAUGCAUGAUCCUAACACUAAUCCUUUAAUCAAAAACACAUUCACAUACUACCCUAACUUCGACAUAAUGCGUGUAGUAGCCAGUGACCUUUAUAUAAAUUUGGAGUUAAUUCUUGAUAAGAAUUUCAGUCAUCUGACCUGUGAGAAAACAUCAGAAAAGUGAAUCAGGAUGGCGGAAAUUGACGUUAAAAAUCCGUAAACGUUAACAAUUCCAUUCUCCCUUCCUAAGUUCCGGUUUUCGCUAACGGAUUUUAUCGCUAAUUAAGUUACCAGGGGCCGGUUGUAUAAAACACUUAAUCACUUUUUUAAUCACUAUUUUGUAGUUUAAUAGUGAUUAACUCUCAAAUAGGCGCUUCUUAUUGGAUGACAUUUCCACUUAAUUAUGAUUAACUUUAGUCACAUUUUUAUACAACCGGUCCCAGUUCAUUAAACCAAAAUGUUAUUUUUUAGAUCAAAGCCAAAACACGAUGCCACGAUCGUAGCAGCAUUAUGUUAGCUGCUCAGACACAACAAUAGGGAGGGACUAUAUAGCACUGAACGUCAAGUUCCGCCAUCUUGGGCUUCAUGAUCACCCGAGUUUGGACACUAUAUAGUUCUUACUCCAGCUACACAUGGAGCUCACUGCAUGGUAGUAACUUCUCGCCAAAAGUGUACUAGGCUGGGGGCCAAUGUUGCAUGGGCAUUUGUUCAACCACUGAUUUCAAUGCUUCGUUCUCGGAUAUCAGGGCCUCUCUUAACCAUAUAUAGACUGGGGGUGAGGGACAAGUUCUUUCCAGCCCCAAUUUGGCCCCUCUAGUGAACUAUAUUGCCCCCCUCCCAACCCCAAAGUGAAGGUCUAUUCUGUCUAAAAUAUAAGCAAAAAGGGAAGAAGUUAGUUUUAGAAGUUAGUUAGUAAUUAAGAGUGUUUUAAUACUCCCUUUAAUUAACUUUGUCAGCGGAUGAAAUUCAUAAAAAAAGUGUCUAAAACUGCCGAAAAUCAAGCCCCAGAGGCUUGAAAUUACGAAUGUUGUUUGGGGGUGAAUCCCAGACCCCUAAAAGAUCCAUUUCACCACGUCCUAAUUCGUGACAAAUUCUUAAAAACAGUCCUGUCGGAUUUUCUUUAAAAAAACAGCAUUUUAAAAGUCUAAUUAAUGGAAGCUUCAGUUUUGUAAAUAGUGCAAUAUCGGAUUACUCAAACGAUCAGCAUGGUUAUUCAAUGAUAAAGUAAGCUGUCCUUUUAUAUUAUCAUUAAUUUCGUGUUCAUCGAUUAAACCCUGCUCCUGUUACCUAAAGGAGUUCCUGUAAGCUUUCAGUAAAGGCUACUAGCUUUCCUCCAUUAGAGAGGAGCACUCCUGAAUUCGGCAUAGGUUACAAUAAUAGUAGUAGUAGAUGGAAAUUAUCGUCGUGGAAAUUUAGAUAUUCAUUUAUUUCACCUAACUAGGAACAGCUGCAAAAAUGGAACAAUAGCUCCCUGGCAGGAAUCGAACAUGUGGCCCUGCGAUUCCUGUGCAGUGCUCUCACCCAAUUGAGCUACAGAGUUCAGUUGACUGGCUCUAACCAUAUGCAAGCAGUUCAUGUAAAUAUUACUGGAGUACUGUCACGUUAGAUUGUGGGUAAAUAUCAAGAUUUUGUUGGCAUCUCACUCGAUAUGAGAUGCCAACAAAAUCUUGAUAGUUUGCAAUAUGCGCAAUUUAGCUAGUCGAAGUAUGAAUUGCGAAGUAUAAAAUGUAUAUAUUAUAUAAUAGUAUAAAUUAAAAAGACUAAAAAAAAAUAUCUCCUUUGGUUUAUAGCGGCCCACACCUUAUUGCUUGCUCAUGGUAAAGCAUGGCAUGUUUACGAUAAAGAAUUUCGAGAGACACAGAAAGGGAAUGUCUCAAUAGUUUUGAAUGCCGACUGGCACUUCCCUGAAAACAACGAGGAUCUUUAUUUGAAGGCGGCAAAACGUGGCAUGGAAUUUUUCUUGGGUUGGUUCGCAAAUCCAAUUUAUGUUAAUGGCGAUUACCCUGAAGUGAUGAAAACCUUGAUAGCGAAACAUUCCAAACUGGAAGGAAUUCCAAACAGGUAUAUAAAACUUAUUUCCUACAUGACGUUUUCAGGUUUUCGUAGGCUAUAAUUGUAUGCCUUGAAAUUGAUUUUAGAAAAUCCAAAAUUCAAAUCUGUUUCAAUGUAAUUAAGCAAAUCCAAGAAACCACCGUUAUAAUCAAUGAUUGUGGGCGUGGGUGACUAACCGUGGGCGGUGAACUCAAUAUAUAUAUAUAUAUAUAUAUAUAUAUAUAUAUAUAUAUAUAUAUAUAUAUAUAUAUAUAUAUAUAUAUAUAUAUAUAUAUAUAUAUAUAUGUAUAUAUAUAUUAAUUGUGUUAUUGUACACUCUGUAAUAUGUUAAUAUGUUAAGAUGAAAAUGUUCUAGAGUGUGUAUUAUAUAAUUUCCAUACCCAGCGCAAGCAGAAAGAUGUUGUCUGCCGCGGCUGGGUCUUGAACCCGCGACCUUCGAAUUACUAGAUCGACGCUCUACCAACUGAGCUACACGGUCAGACGGAUUUAAGACUGGAAAUUAUGAAAUAUAUACUGAAUGUCAUAAACGUACUCGUUUAUAUUAAUUCAGCAUCGAACAAUACUAGUUCUGCAGAACUAUGAUCGUGUUCGGGUUGCUUGUUGUGACUGUUGCUUUGUAUACUAUGCCCUUUAUAGUCAUGCAUUGUUUCUGAAGUGGACAUAUUGCGUUUUUCGAACAACUGCAAUUGACAGUGCCCUUGCCCUGUGCCUUGUUCUUCCUAGCUAUAUGUGCAUUGUGCUUAGUGAUUAUAGACUUAACAUUGCUCAUGCAGCCAUAACUUACUUUUACUGCAUGUAUUUCUGUUAAAGAUCUUAUGCAGCUUGUGGUGCGAUGGAAAGUGCUUGUCAAUAAGGUUAAUUAAGAAAAUUACGCCCUAUAUUAGUGCUGACAUUCAUGCUAAAUGGUGGAUUGUACCAAAUGAUAUUACGUUGCCUAUUUCUGCGUGCUUGCUGUGGUGCGUGAUGAGUGUAGUUAAGGUCAUGAUAUAUACCGGGUGGCGCAAAAAAAAGUUCACGCGUUUGAUUUAGUACAGCGAAAAAACUAUAAGUGUUACAUCGCUGAAAUAAACGUAGCUGUAUUCAUAAAAGUCUAACUUAAAUUUUGAGCUAUAGCAUGUUUAUUUACGUGCAAUAUUGACUGGGAUAUCGCCAAAUAAAAUUUGGAACGAAGUUUUGAAAAUCAGACAAAUUGGCUAAAAAUGGCCUAUUAAACUGUUUUGAUAAAUUUUAGAAUUUCGUCAGACAUAUUCGCUUGUAUGAAUUUAAUUUGAAUUGAAACGUGUAACGAAUGAUUUUCCUUAUUUAUUUAUUUGUUUUAUUAUCAUUUGAAAAGCAACAAAAUUUCGAAAAAGAUGGCUCUUUUAAUUAAGAAUUGCUUCGCAGUAUUCCAUGUCCCAUAGCUAUAGGGAAUUAAAUUAGAUCAACAACCGAACAAUUUGAGACCGCUUCGUGAAGCGAUUAUUGCUGAUUAAUUGCCAUAACUUUGACCAGCAAAUAAAUCCAACGUUCGUUCGAUAGUAUGGUCACACGUGCAAUAAUAUAGUUAUUUAAUUUUCCAUGAUAAACGCGUUAUUUACUGCCGUUGUGUUCUUCAUAUAUCGUUAAUUCCUUUACUCGUAUUUAAUAGGCUAUUUUCAGCUAAUUUUGGAACCUUUUGAAAUUGCAUAUUCAAAUUGAUUUACCAAUAUCUGGGGUAAUACUAAACAAAAAUGCAUGUGUUAUACAUCAAAAUUUAAGUUAGGCCUUCCUGGAUAGGAUAACAUUUAUUUGAGGAACGUAACACUUAUAGUUUUUUCGCUGUACUAAAUCAAACGCGUGAACUUUUUUUUGCUCCACCCGGUAUAUAUAUAUAUAUAUAUAUAUAUAUAUAUAUAUAUAUAUAUAUAUAUAUAUAUAUAUAUAUAUAUAUAUAUAUAUAUAUAUAUAUAUAUAAAUAUAAAUGUUGUGGUUUCCCACGUUUACGAUUCCACCCGUGUAACGUUAUGUAGUGGUUUUUGAGUUAUUUGAGUGGUUUUUGAGUUAAAACAAGAACUUCCUCAGGCAUAAAAAGGUAUAAUGACUAUAACCCAGACGUUUCGCAGGUUAAGGCUUCUUCAGUGGGUGAAAAAUUUACAACAAUAUUAAGGCGUCUUUUAUACAUGUCGUCCUAAUGUAUAAAAGACGCCUUAAUAUUGUUGUCGACAUGUAUCGAAGACUCCUUAAUAUUGUUGUGAAUUUUUCACCCACUGAAGAAGCCUUAAUCGGCGAAACGUCUGGGUUAUAGUCAUUAUACCUUUUUAUGCCUGAGGAAGUUCACCAUUCACAUUCGGAAACCAGGCAUGGCAACCAUAACGCUUUCAUAUAUAUAUAUAUAUAUAUAUAUAUAUAUAUAUAUAUAUAUAUAUAUAUAUAUAUAUAUAUAUAUAUAUAUAUAUAUGGUUGGAGACAUAUGUAUGCCCCCUCUCCCCAGCUCUGUGGUACCGGGUAAUUCAGUUAACAAUUUCUUUCCGUAGACUUCCAGAAUUUACAGAGGAGGAAAAGAAAAUGUUAAAAGGAACAGCAGAUUUCUUCGGACUCAACCAUUAUACAUCAACAGUAUGUGGUAACCUGACGUAUUACAAGAAUAUCUCUGCAGUUGAUUGGGAUUAUUGGAAUGAUAGAGAGAUAUACACCCGCAGGAAUGAAUCAUGGCUGCGAGGUAAGUUAUCUUAUAUGAAUUCCAUCAAUGUAAACGUCUCGAAUGCCUGGCACCUAUAAUUUACAAAGUCGUCCUAAAAACCUUUUCAAGUAAACCAGUAGUUGGUACGUAAUUGGCUUUUUAAAGCCGCUGUUUGAGCUUGGGAAUACAUUACGCAGCUCAGUCUUAAUCAUUAUCGUUCUAGAUGUGAUAAGUGAUAAUUAUGUGCAGAAUCAUUUCUGAAUCAUUAAAAAAUCCUUUCCUUUAUAGCGUAAUGCAACGAUUCUAGGAUGGUCGUAAAGGUUUUGAUAUAAUAUUGAAUGGGGUGACGUCAUAAUGUUGACAUGAAAAUAUCAUAUCAAUAACGCUAUGACGUCAUAAUGGAGAUAUGAAACAAUCAAGAACUACAAGUUAGAAAUGUGUUAAUUAUAUAUGAGUACGAUCAGAGAGCAGGAAAAAUCAAACCAGCCUUCGGCUUCAGUCGAUAUAAACACAAAUUUCGACUUGAUAAUUCUUCAUAACAUUGUCAACCUCAUUCCAUAUGAGAUGAAAAAAAACCCCACUUAAUUCUGAUUGACUAAGAGCACACGUGACAAGCGCGUAAAUAAGAUUUUAACUAGUGACCCUCCAAACUUGUAUCAAAUUGUUGUGCUAUUCAAGUGGUGAGUAAAUUAUUAAUUAAAAGUGCAUGGCCAUGUAUUUGCCUCUCCAAAAUAUUGUUUCAUGUUUUAAUAUUAUUAAUAUAAACUAUAUGAUAAAUAGCAUAUGCAUGGUUUUCCAUUUUGCAAAAACCUUUACACUGUGAGUUUUUUAGGCUUCACCAAUUGUACUCGACUUACAGACUUGUGCAAUUUUGAUCGUCUUACAUGUAAAAUAACAUGUUUUUUUUUCCAAAUUGAAUUCGAAACCGCAACAUUGAUACUAUGUUACCUAAUAUACAAACAGGUAAAUAUUUGGCUUAUUUCCAAAACCGGUUUUUGGUAGGCUUCUGUGGGAAAGAACUUUAGUUACAGUUAUUUAAUUAUCACUGCAUUUUUACAUAAUCAUAUGAUAGGUGCUCCGAUCUGGUUGAAUAAGGUCCCUCAAGGACUUCGUAACCUUCUCUCGUAUAUAAAAGAAAACUAUGGUAACCCUGAAAUUUAUAUCACUGAGAACGGAUGGAGUGAGAAAGGGGAAGAUGAAAGAGUUGGAGAAGCAGCACUGAAUGACACUGAAAGAGUGGGCUAUUACACGGAGUAUAUUAAUGAAGCACUGAAAGCAAGUGUCUUAGACGGCGUCGAUCUCAAAGGUAUAUAUAUUUAUAAUUUCUGCAUGGUUUUAGAAACUAUUUAGCAGAUUAUUUAUUUGCCCAAAUUGCAAUUUCAUUAAUUCCUGAAAGGCUAAAACCGUAAAAACAUGAAGAAAUCAUAACCGUCAAGGAGCUUGUACUGUUAUCAUAUGAAAUCCUGAUAAUUUAUAUAACUGAACUCUCGUCAAAUACCAUUUGUGUUUUUAAAGAUGGUUGAAGAAUGCAAACGUUUGCGUCUAAAUGAAUCACAAGCUAUAAGCCGCAUGAAAAAUGGGGAGGGGAGGCAAGUUCCCUCCAGCUUCCAUGUUGGCCCCUCGAGUAAAGCACGCAUGUAAACCAUGUAUUAAUAUAUAUAUAUAUAUAUAUAUAUAUAUAUAUAUAUAUAUAUAUAUAUAUAUAUAUAUAUAUAUAUAUAUAUAUAUAUAAAUUAAUAUGUAAUAAUAAGAUUGUACUAUAUAUAUAUAUAUAUAUAUAUAUAUAUAUAUAUAUAUAUAUUGUUUAUAUAUCGUAUAUUGUUUACAGGCUAUAUAUCGUAUAUUGUUUACAGGCUACUUCGCUUGGUCUCUGCUGGAUAACUUCGAAUGGCAUACAGGAUACCACGAGCGCUUUGGGAUUCACAGGGUUAACUUUAGUGACCCCGAAAGGAAACGUACUCCGAAACAGUCAGCAGAGGUGUACGCAAAUAUUGUCGCUGACAAUGGUUUUCCACCAGACAAGUCAACUGCAGGCAAAACUGGACGCGCUGCGUUGGCAGCUGUUUUGAUGGCGAUGCUAUUCCACCUUACAAAUUUUGCUCAUAUUUGAAAGGCUGAGCAAGAAGUCUUCGUACCAUGCUUAAAUAUUAUUACCUUGAAGAAAGCUCUUUUUAAUUUACCUCUUUGUGACUGCUUUACAAUUGUGCUUUAUCUAAAAUAGACGGCGUUGUUGUUUUAGUACGUUUUACUGUUGCAUUGAAUUAUAACUGAUGUAAGUGGAACAUGUUAUUCAAAUGUGUGUUAUUCAAUCAAUUAUAUUUUAUAUGUCUUACUGUUAAUACUGGUUGUUCUAAAUAGUAAGUUAGUACACCAUGCAAAGACAACCCAGUUCCGAACCAAUCUGCAAAGGUGGGAAAAAAGAUCGUCCCCGGCAGCAACGGUUCUAAUG